UCUUUCUUCGUUUUCCUCUUUUUCCUCUCAUUUCCUUUCUUGCCUUUCACUCUCGUCCAUCACACACCACCAUUUCCCAUUUCUCUCCGCCCUCUUCUCCUUCUCUCCCACCUUUCCGCCUUCCAUUUCCGCUCUCCGCCGCUCUCUCUCGCCGGAAAAAACAUAAAUGGCCUCUGCCCAUUAAUGCUUCUUACCAAAAUGCAAAACCCAUCUUUUUUCUAAACCAAAGGCAAAUUUCUUCUUCAUUUAUAUUGCCUCUCUCCCACUUCCGGUCACCGGAAACCGGCUGCCCUCUGUUCCAAGAGAUUGAAACUACAUGAAGUAUAUAUCAGAGAAGGGAUGGAAUUGUAUGAUACCUCUCCAUUUGAGGGGGGAAUCGAGCUCUCACUUUUGUAUCUUUUCGAAAAGGGCAUCGAGAUAUGGUCCAGGAAACACUCCAGUUUAUCUGAAUGUGUAUGACUUGACGACUGUGAAUGGGUGUGUUUACUGGGCAGGGGUUGGCAUAUAUCAUUCUGGGAUUCAAGUUCAUGGUGUGGAAUAUGCGUUUGGAGCUCAUGAGUAUCCGACGAGUGGUGUGUUUGAGGUUGAGCCUCGAUGUUGUCCGGGGUUUAAGUUUAGGAAGUCAAUUUUGAUGGGUACCACUUGCUUGGAUCCUGUUCAAUUUCGAGAGUUCAUGGAGCGUAAUUCUGCCAAUUACAAUGGCGAUAUGUACCAUUUGAUUGUUAAGAACUGCAACCAUUUUUGUGAGGAUAUUUGCUACAAGCUCACUGGGAAACACAUACCCAAAUGGGUGAAUCGGCUUGCCAGAAUAGGAUAUCUAUGUAACUGCAUGCUCCCCAAGGCUCUCAAGACUUCAACUGUUCCACACGACUCAAAUUUCCAAGGAUAUGACAACGAAAAGAAACGAUUACGAACGACUUUUGGUUGUUUCACGUCGAUUUCAAUGCAUCAACGCGAAGUUUCAAUGUCUUCAUUGUUUCUUCACUCUCACUAUAAAGGCUGUCUGCCACCAUGGGAGCUCAAAGGGACGAGAAGUCGUUCGAUGAAGGAACGCUGACAACAAACACUCCGCUUGCUUCUUUGCUGCCAUUUUUUCGAUCCAGGCGAGAGAUUUCGCCUCGUUUUGGCACAGAAGAUUUGCAGCUGGAAUAUUUGGUUCCCUUAAGUUCUAGAGUAUUCAUUGUGAAUGUGGUAGCACCACAGCAGUUCAUAGUAAUUCAAACAGACUGCACAAUCAUUUUUUCUUGUAUAUUUAGCUUCUUCUGGUUUUAUUAUAAAGUUUGUUCUU